AUUGUAUAUGCAACCAAACCAUACACCAUGACUGAAGAGCACUAGGAUGUACAGUAUGGAGUACACAUCCUUAGACUCAGGAGGGGAUUGUUGUUAAUUAGCUGGAUCAGUCCAGUUCAAUACCAGGCACUUUGAAGGGGACAGUACACGGCAGCCAUUUUGUUUCUUAAAAAAGCAAUUUCUUCAAAAGGUCAUUCAAAAGGGGAGAUCCUGUGGCCCUACAACAGGCCUAUAAAUACCUAUAAAUUACCUAUAAAUAUCGCCUAAGUCAAAGUAGGCCAAAGAAACAUUGAUUACAUUGUACCAAAAAUUAAUAUAACAGCUGAAAUUAGUGCUGUGAGAAAUAAUCAAGUAGAUCUUUGUUGCCAUCACAGCCAUAUACAGUGUGCAGUACACAGUGAGAGGAAAUACCAUUUCUCCUGGCCUCGAAGGUGCAAGAUACAUGUAUGACAUACACAGUGCUGACAGGACAUGAAUAAAAUGCAACAGGAAUAGCAUGCAGGGAGGGGCUGUGGGAAACAGUUGUGGUGUGUGUACACAAAUGGGCAGCAGAGCAUAAAUACAGCGCAUAAAUACAUGGCAAUAAGACAUUAAACACGGUCCAAAGCUGCAACUAGAAUGAAUUUAGUGUUUAAAAAUAUAAAAAAGUCAGUGCAGCAAUGCUUGUAAACGAAACCUGAGAUAACAGUCUAUGCAUUUAUAGCUUUGUUGUACAAAACUGGUGCAACGUUGUUCACUGCUUAGUCCAGAUGUUCAUUAUUAAAUUUAUAAGUGUUAAGAUGAAGACAAAAACAGUAUGCAAGACAGGGUUGUCUAGGACUGUGUCAGAAACGGCAUUUUCCCAUACAAACUACAUAUAAACGAGAUAUUAUAUUAUGUAGUGUUAUUACUACAUAUUAUACGUGCUCUGCAUCCUCUAGGUCACAUCGCACACAUGGACAUUACAUACGGCCCGUGGGCUGAGAAAGGGCCUAACUCCUGACUUUACAAUCUGUGUGCUAAGUAAAAAUCGUCUAGUGGACCGAUAACAGAGACCUAGUCCCUAUUAUUCCACUAGGCGGCAAAAUAGAGCAAUAAACUACUGCGCCAUGCUACAUAUGGGUGUGUGUGCGUGUGCGUGUGUAAGUGUGUGUGUGUGUGUGUGUGUGCGCGUAUACACACAUAUAUACACAGUACUGUGCAAAAGUCUUAGGCACAUGCAAAGAAAUGCUGUAGAGCAAAGAUGCCUUCAGAAAUAAUGAAAUUAAAUGUUUCUAUAUUUUAAAAAAUACUAUAAAGAGCAGUCAACAGUAAUAAAUGAAACAUAGUUAAUAUUUGGUGUGAUGAUCCUUCGCUUUAAAAAAAAUAGUAGUCUUAUAAGUAUACACUUAUAAGCAGCAUAAGUAGCAUAUAUAAAGCAGUUUUAUAAGUAAAUUAGCUGUAAGUGUUACUGAGCGUCUUGCAGAAGCAGCCACAGAUCUUCUGGAGACUUUGACUGUCACACUUGCUUCUUAUUUCUGGAGCAAAACCCAGCAGCCUUCAUUCUGUUUUUGUCUGAAAAGUGUCUCUUAUGUAAUAUGCUGCUUUCUUUACUGACAUACAAACAUUUUUCUGGAAUAUUUAAUUUUGUGCUGGAGAACUAAUGUUUAGUUCAUUCUGAGACACUUUUCUGCUCACCAUGGUUGUAAAGAAUGCUUAUUUCAGUUACUAUAGACUUCCCGUCAGCUCAAACCAGUCUGGUCUCCUCUGAUCUCUCUCAUCAACAUGGUGUUUUAGUCUGCAGACCCUCCGUACACAGGAUGGUUUUUGUUUUUUUGCACCAUACUUUGUCAACUCUAGACCCUGUGUGUGAAAUUCCCAGGAAAUCAGCAGUUUCUUGAUUUUAACUUUUGAACUGUGUAAGGGAAAUUUUAAGCUUUUUAUAAGGGCAUCCAUACCUCCAUCAUCACCAUAUACUCUAGGCUGUAUGACUUGGCAGAUCUCUCCAGAUUAUACUGGAUGAGAGUUGGGCAAAUUCUUUUCACCUAAAAUUCAUUACAAUUAAUUACAGUAAAUCUUAUAUUAAUAACACAUGGGUUCACAGCCCUUGUCCUGGAGUUCAUCCUGUUCUACACACACAACGGGAACUAGAGAAGAUCUGUUAUUCAGACCAUUUUCAUGAAGCAAAAACAAACGUUCACAGAACGUUCUGGGAAUCAGUCACUGAUAGCUGACCGUUUGUGUUUUUCCUGCUCCCAACACACCUGAUCCAAUUACUCAGCUAAUUAACAGCCCUUCCUGAGUGUGUGUGUGUGUGUGUGUGUGUGAGGGGGGGGAAAUACACUAAAAUGUGCAGGGCAUGGGAACCUGUGUUGUAUAAAGUAAUUUCCGUUGGCCCUGGUGUCAUUACAGGUGUUAUUAAAAAAAAAAAAGAGGAGGGGUAGUCGGAAUACGGGUGGGGAAAAUAAUAGCGCCUGCAGCUGUUUGCACAUGCAGCUUUCCUCAGCAGGAGCUCAGUUCAGACUUGGUGCAGUGUACACACAGAGCUCAGCACUGUUACCACGGAGGAAUACACCACACUACAGACAUGUCUCUAUCAAAGAUGAAUCGACAACAGCUGUUUACUUUAAUUGCAAUGGCAUCCAUAAACUUCAGCUCAAUGAUAUGCUAUUCAAUAUUAGGACCAUUUUUUCCACCUGAGGCAGAGAGAAAAGGAGUAAGCCAAGCAAUCAUUGGGUUAAUAUUUGGAUGCUAUGCCUUCUUCACUUUGGUUGGAUCAUUGAUCUUGGGGAAAUAUAUUGUCCAAAUCGGGGCGAAAUGUAUGAUAAUUGCAGGACUGUUACUUUCGGGUUUAAGUACUAUAGUCUUCGGAUUCCUAGACAGAGCUCCUGAUGGAACCAUCUUCAUAGUACUCUGUUUUGUCAUAAGGUCUGUAAAUGCAGUGGGCUUUGCUGGUGCUGUAACGUCCUCUUUCGCUGUGUCAGCAAAAGUGUUUCCUGACAGUAUAGCAACAAUUCUGGGCUUUAUUGAGAUUUUUACAGGACUGGGCCUCAUACUGGGACCACCUUUGGGUGGAUGGAUGUAUCAGGCAUUUGGAUAUGAAAUUCCAUUCAUUGCUUUGGGAAGUGUUCUGUUUUUGACCGUUCCCUUAACCAUGUGGAUUUUACCAAACUUUGAUGCAGUUGCCUCACAGGGCUCCUUCUUCAAGCUGUGCUCACGAGUAAAGAUGUUACUCAUUUGCUUUGUGGUGUUCACACUGAGCUCAGGAAUCGGCUUUUUGGAUGCAACCCUAUCAAUAUUUGCCAUGGAAGCGUUUGGCCUCAGUGCUGAAUCUGUGGGGCUGCUCAUGGUCGCAGUGUCAUUACCCUACGGUGCUGCAUCCCCCAUCCUUGGGAUAUUGAGCGAUAAGUAUCCAUUCAUCAGAAGGUGGAUGAUGGCGAUAGGAGGAUUGGCAACAGCAGUUGGCUUUUGUUUACUUGGUCCUGUUCCUGUCUUUCAUAUUGAGAGAGAGCUUUGGCUUACUGUUGUCAUGCUGGUGGUCAUCGGGUUUUCUCUUUGUAUGACCUGCAUCCCCACCUUCACUGAGAUGCUCAUCUGUUCACAUGAAAGUGGAUUUGAAGACAGCUUAAGCACACUUGGUUUGGUAUCAGGACUGUUUUCGGCUGUGUGGUCUGCAGGGAUGUUCUUUGGGCCUACUAUUGGUGGAUUUAUCACACAGAAACUGCAUUUUGAAUGGGGUGCAGGUUUUCAAGGAGGGAUCACCUUUAUUGCUGCAUUCUUACUAAUAUUAUUUUUAACCAAAGAAGAAAUACACAAGACAAGAUUUCAGAAACUCGAUGGGGCUGAAUGCACAUUGUACACAGGAGAAAAAUCCCCUCUUCUCUGCUCGUCUUUAGAGACUUCUGUUUGAUAUGUACUUUAAUUUCUGACCAAACCGAAGGUAUUUGUGCUGCCUUACUAUGUGGAAAAAAGUAUUAUCAAGACAAAGAAACUGAAUUCUUACUAAUAAUAGCUGUGUUAAGAAAACACAGAAAAUGUCUGCUUUAGAAUUUAACUUGGGAAUAGUCCCCAAACUUGUGAUGGACAAUCAGGUGCUAUUAAUUUGUUAAACAACUUUAUUCUGUCUGAAACUUAUUGGAACCCCAAAGCCUAUAGCUAUAGCUUUAUCUGUCCACUACAGAGAGAUAAGUAGCACAGACUAUGCAUAUCAACACACAAAUUGUAUAUUUAUUUUUACAGUGUAUAAUUAAUGAUUUUCUUUCUACACAGAGAGACUAGACUGUAAAUAAUACUAUGUAUGAAAAUGUUUGUAUAUGCAUUUACUAACUCAUUGGUUAAAUUACAUAUUAAUGGUUUUCUUUACAUCUUAUUUAUGAUUUACUCAAUUAUAUAAAAUAUAUAACUAUCAGUGUUAUUUAGGCAACAUAAACUCCAUAUAUGAAA